AUGACGUACGGCUCUAUGGCCACUGCUGAUGCCUCCGCCGAGCAGGGAAUGGAUGCUCCAGCGAGGCCGAGCAUGCGGAGUAAUGUAAGACUAGCGGUUGGAUCAGUGCUCCUGAUGGCUGCGGUCAUGUGCGGGGUCAUGUUGAACCAGAUUGAGAACGGGUUUGAUUGGAACGUAGUCGGAUUGUUGGGACUGUCUUCCUCGCCCAAGGAUUCCUCCUUCUUCCCUUCCUGGACCCACGGUGGAGCCUUGCGAUACUACGACAGGUCGAUGGCCCAUGGACAGUGGUCCCCCGAUGCUGGCCCACCAUACGUCAAGCACGUCACCAUGUGGUCGGACCCUGACUGUGUAGAUCACACUGGCCCGGCAAACAAUGUCCGCAGAAUCCUUGGCUUGAGAACAUCAUGGCAUGAUCACAAGUGGAACACAAACUCCUUCAUGUCAGACAUGAACUCCGUACAGCUCCGCUUCCUCUCCCGCAAUACCAACUCGGUCCUGGUCAUCCCUCCCUUCCACCAGUUUCCUUCCAUGUCGACCAGGGCCAUGGCCAUGUUGAACGACUACGUUCUUGUCGGAGGAAACACUAUCAUCGUUGUGGGUGGCCCGACGGGCGUCUUGUUUAUCAAUCAGAACCUCGCUGGGACUGACGGCUACGGAUACGAGCUGGAACCCAAGUGGGUUGAGGGGCCAUAUGAGAUGCAGGAUUCAGCCAUGGGCUCCGCGUUCCAGUACGGCGCGGUCACUCUGCCUGCUGUGGAGACGUACAAUGUGGGAGUGACGACAGCAUCGUUGCCCAAGGAGGCUGUCUCUUACUACGAGGCCUCAGAGGUCUCAGUAGUCUUCAUGCUUCCUUGCGAAGCUGGAAGGAUCAUCUACAUCGGCUACACUUUCGCUGAGAUGGCCAGUGGGUUGGACCUGGAGUCAGAGCAAUCCUUUAGGUUUCUGGUCACCUGGCUAGAGAACCGCAAGAUUCGUUUCUACACGCAGGAGGAAAGAGCGGCACUGAACGACAUCAACUCGGCUGGCUGGGACAAGGCCAUGAAGAGUUACUUGCAAGAUCUGGGAGCGUCGGAUUGGGAAGCACCAAAGGAUAAGAGGGAGAGGCAUGUGGUGCUGGAUUGGUUGCUGUCUUACGCGAUCGGGAUGGAAUACUCGGAUCGGGCUAGCGAGCUACAAAAGAUCAAGGAGAGCAAGAGCAAGGGCAAGUCGGUCGAUACCAGGGCAGGGAGCCUGUCGGCGAGCGACAGCAUCGAGCUCGACGUCGAGUCCAGGGAGUUUCGGUCAGCUCUAGAGGAGCUAGCGGGGGUCCUGGGAAUCCCCAAGGAUGAAUCAAGCGAUUCCAUGCUGCAGGCCUGCGCCUCGGUGCUGGAGAGCAAGCUGAGCAAGUUUGCGCUGGAGCAGGUGAGAGUUGUGUUGGGGGGUUGA